CCUUCAGUCUGCGCCUCAGCAGCGGACGCAGACGCAGCAAACGAUAAAGCAAGAGGAGGACAAACCAACUGUUCGUGUCGUAUGUUUUCUUUUAGCGCCGGAAGUGGGCACAGAGAUAUUCUUCCGCUCACCUGAGCUCUCCUCCCCUGUGUGUGUUCAUAUAGACCCGCCUGAGACAGAAAGGACGGGCUUCGGAAGCGUCAGGGAAGAAGCGCUUUCUUUUUUUCUUUUUUUCCGGGGGGAAGGGAAAGCGGCUCAGUGGACUCACGUCUUAUAAGCCUUCGUUGGCAUUGUGUCUUCGGUCUGUCUCAUCCGUCUCACCAUGGACGGCCUGCUGAGCGGGGCCAGUGAUGGGGCCAGUGCCCUGCAGACUUCAUCACGUCACAGAUGCCCCUUGCUGUCUUUAUCCCUGUACGAAUGACUGUUUUCGAAACAACAAAGCCCCCAAAUUCCUCUUUGAUUGAACAAAAGGAGCCAUGCAUCCGCUGCUAUCCCUCAGUGUCUUCGGACUGCUGCUGCCCACGGCCUUGAUGCAUGUGGUGGACUCGCCCUUGGACUGUAUCCCACGCAGAUCUGUGCCCAGUAAUAGCAACAACGCCCUUCUGUUUUGGGAGGAGGGCGUGUUCAACUACUCCACCAUGCUGGUAAGAGAAGACCUGGACCUGUUAGUGGUGGGUGCCAGAGAGGCCGUGUUCGCUCUUGAUCUCAGAAACAUCUCCAAGAAAAUUACUUCAGUUGAAUGGAAAGUUUCUCCAAAGCAAGUGGAGGACUGUAGAAGAAAAGGAAAGGAUGCAGAGACAGAGUGCAAGAACUAUAUCAGAAUACUCCAUGAGAUGAUGGAUGGGAAGAUGUAUGUGUGUGGAACCAAUGCUUUCGAUCCAGCAUGUAAGAAGAUGUUAUAUGUAAACGGGAGUUUGACAUUAAUGAAACCCGAAGACGACGGCAAAGGAAAAUGUCCAUUUGAUCCGUUCCAAAAACAUGCCUCCAUCAUGAUAAAGAAUGACCUCUACUCGGCCACUUCCAUGAACUUCCUGGGCUCUGAGCCGGUCCUGAUGCUCAGCCCGUAUGUCAACCCCCAGUCCGGUCCCAUACGCACGGAGAUAAAAAGCUCCUGGCUUUAUGAUCCCAACUUUGUUUCCAUGGCAUCGAUGCCAGACAGUGAGAAGGCCGACAACGAUAACAAGGUCUACGUCUUCUUCAGCGAGACAGCUGUAGAAUUCGACUGCUACAGCAAACUGGCAGUGUCCCGCGUGGCCCGUGUGUGCAAGGGAGAUCAAGGAGGUCUGAGGACAUUGCAGAAGAGAUGGACAUCCUUCCUUAAAGCCAGGUUGGACUGUCCAGUCCCAGGCUCCCAGUUGCCUUACAUUAUCCAGGACUCGUUCCGCUGGUGUGAUCCCUCUCUGCACUGGGAGAAGUGCGUUUUUUACGCCACCUUCACCCCGCAGUCACACACAUCUAAAAUAUCUGCUGUGUGUGCGUACCGCAUGUCUGACAUCCGUGAACAGUUUUCAGAGGGCAAGUACAAGACCCAGGCCUCCGUAGAAACGUCUUACAUAAAGUGGGUGACAUUCAGCGGAGAGGUCCCUAAGCCUCGGCCUGGAUCUUGCAUAAACAGUGAGGCUCCUAACUCGGAAAUAAAAACCACUCUGGACCUCCCGGACAAGACCCUUCAGUUCAUCCGAGACAAGCCGCUCAUGGACCAGGCUAUUGAGCCAAUAGGGGGCAGACCAUUGCUAACGCAUAAGGGAGCUGCAUUCACACAGAUUAUAGUGAAGCAAGUGCAAGCUUUGGAUGGUGAAAAGUACAACGUCAUGUUUAUAGGCACAGAUCAAGGCAAGUUGCUGAAGGCUUUGCACAGUGAAGAGAUGUUCAUCAUAGAAGAAGUCCAACUUUUCACCCCUCCUCAGGAAAUCAAGAUUCUCAAGUUUUCCAAUAAAACGGGUCAGAUUUAUGUUGGCUCAGACAUCAGUGUUGUUCAAAUAGCACCAGCUAACUGCGAGAGGUCAUCUACCUGUUUCGACUGCGUUUUAUCCAGAGAUCCAUACUGUGGAUGGGACAAGGGUGAGGGGAAAUGUGUUUCUGUUUCCAGUUCACAGAGUGUGCUAAUCCAAGAUAUGAAAGGAAAUGCGAGUCACUGCCCUGAUGCUGGGCCUGUUGUUGAGCCUUUGUACCGGAACAUCAGACCUGGAAGAAUCCUUAAGCUCAGUUGUCCUUCACCUUCCAACCUGGCGAAACUCAUCUGGAAGCGGAAUGGCAUACCUCUCCCACAUUCACCAGAGGAUGGACUGCUCAUUCUGGACAACUCGGAUGAUGAUAAUAAUAAUAAUAAUAACUCUGGUCAAUACAGCUGCUUGUCUGUGGAGAAAUCCAAAGCUGGCGAGUACGAGACCGUUGUAGUCAGUUACGUGGUCCGCACGAGUUUUGAAAACAAGAGCGUUACUCAGGCUCAGAGCGGUGGUCAGUCUCACUCUGGACUGAUAGCUGCAGUCGUCUUCCUUGUUGUUUGUCUCGUUCUCCUUUUGGCCUGGAAAGUUGUCAAGCGCCACAUUAACCUGCCUUGUGAUCGCACUAAAAAGAAAGGGGAAGAACCCCAGCAGACUCGUGACUUGGAGGCCAGGGACGCCAGUGUGCCUUUGGCGGCUGAAACACCGAAGAAUCACACCAAUGCGGGGGAUGCACCAUGUCAGUCAGAGGGGACUAACCCGCCAGGAGUAAACUUUUCGUCUAUGCAGUUUGACGAGUCAACUAUUUGAAAAUGGCAAAUGUUUUACUACAAAAAAAAACAAAGAAAAUAUUUUUUUUUUAAAUUUUGUCAUCUUGAAUUACUGAGUGUAAAAGGACUAAUUUUUUUAAUUAUUAUUAUGAGGUCAAAGAUGACACGUUUCUUCAAGGUUUUCUUUUUAUUAGCUCCAUUGUUUAAAAAAAAGGUGGAAAAGAGCCAGAAGUGUACAUACUUAGGGUAACAUGCAAUUCAAUCUUCUAAACUUUUUUUAUUAUUAUUUUAAAAAUAACAUUUAUCUUUUUGUUUUAUUUUUUGUUGGGCAAACAUCUUUACUGGUGAAGGUCCAUGGAGCCAAACAUUCAACUCCCUGAUGCUGCCCAUUUUAGAUUUUUUGGGUGAUUUCCAGUUGUUUUUUUUUUAAUGGUUUAUUUUAGGUUGUUAGACUAAAAUCCAUUCUACGCUGUUAGUUUUACUGACUAAAACCAGUUACUCUGCUGAAGUUUUUUUUUUAUACUUUGAAAACAAUACAUAAGUACAUAAAUCUUUCUAUAAAAGUUGACAAAAGCGUUUCUGCUUCAGCUUCGGGGCUUGUAAAAUCAGCGUAUUUUCUACUCAUAAUUCAUAGCACAACUAUUUGUACCAGAGGGCAAAUAGCUGCUACAUGCUACUGUGUAAUCAAUUUUACUGUAAGCACCAGUUUGGAUUGAUGGAUGGAUGUGGGCAUCCCACAACUUUAGCUGUUAUUCAUGUGCAGUUUGUAAGCAGUAGCUCUAAAAAAAAAUUGUUCAGCUGACGGUAGAUCUAAAUUCAGGAGGUUUUUUCAAUAAGUUCAAACCCUUUUUUUAAAAGCUUUCAGAUGUUCAGACUAAUUUUAACGCUUUUGGCACAAGUUUGAUGCUUUUGUAAUAUUUUUGUGUGUUUUAAAAUGCUGUAAUUCUGCAUAAUCCUGAUUAUUUUUUUCAGGGGUUUCUACUGUAAACGGACUUGAGCCACUUUGUUCUCCGGUUGCCAGCUUGAAAAGAGUUUAUUUUGAAAUAAAGUUUUUUUAUUUUUUAACUUAAAAAAAACUUCUUGACCUGGUUUUGUGAUUCUGAACAAGUUUUAUUUCGUUAUGUUGGCAAGACAGGGUUUGUGAAGAGCAGAUGUUGGAGUCACCUGAUGUUGUAAAUCAGUUUUCUGUUCAUGACAGCUCAAGUUUUGACAGUGAAGAACUUCUUUCACCGACUCC